UGAAAGGGCUCCCUAAAUUAUGCCAGGCGGUCUUCAAACCAAAAAGAGGUGCAUGGGUUGGCCAGAAUGUUGAGUAUGGACAGCGCUGAUCUGUCCAUGGUGCUGAAAUGACGGGUGCAAGGACUAAAUCCUUUGCUGGAGUGCACGGAGGAAACGUGGCCAGAACUUUAGACGACAUUUGGAUCGAGCCGUCGGUUCUGAAAGACAGAGACUCAUUCGCAGUCCCGAGUUUUAGUAAGACUUGCAGAAAGGAUUUUAAGAACUGUUCUGGUUUCAUCGGAUUAAUACACGCUUCAGGCUACUGCACUCCUGAGGAAUACUGUGCAUCAUGUUAUACCUUGGAAUCUGAUAACUGAUGACAACACCGUCCUAUUUCUGGUUCUUUUGGAUAUAUUUCAGUGGGAGCGAAAGGGCUAACAAGCUUUGUUCAGGAAGCACAUAACUAGAUCUUAUAUCUCAGGAGAAUUUCUACCAACUGAUGCAAAACAGAGAAACAACAAGAAACUAAAAGAGCUACAAUAAACACUGCAAAAGCACUUGACAAGUGAAAAUUUAAAAUAAAACUACAAACCUCAACAAUGCUUUAUAAAAUAUGCAGUGGAAAAUAAGUGAACGUAUUUCAACUCCACAGAUGUCUUUUGAUAAGUUUGAUGGGCAAACUCUGCCUUUUGUUUGGUGCUCUCCAAGCAGAUCCCAGAUAAUUGCAUAGACAACAGCAACUCAAAGACAAUUUUUUUUUCCUGGCAGUAUUAUGUCAGAAAUGAUAAUUCCAUAACAAUGGCAUGCAAAAGAGAUAUCUAUUUUUGGUCUGAACGUUUGUCUUUGCUUUUAUUUCUGUUUAGUUUUCAAUGGCUUAGUCCAGUUAUUGGAAAGCCUAAAGCAUCAUCACGUCCCCAUGUGAAUUCCAUUAGAAUUGAUGGGGACAUUGCUCUGGGGGGACUUUUCCCUGUGCAUUCACGGGGUGGGUCUGGUGCUAACUGUGGAGAGCUGAAGAAAGAAAAAGGAAUACACAGGUUAGAAGCAAUGCUGUUUGCCUUAGAUAGGAUCAAUAACGAUCAAGAACUUCUUCCCAAUAUCACACUGGGUGCUCGGAUCCUCGAUACUUGUUCCAGGGACACCCAUGCCUUGGAGCAGUCAUUGACAUUUGUGCAAGCUUUGAUUGAAAAAGACAGCACUGACGUGAAGUGCAUGAGUGGAGGACCACCAAUCAUUACCAAGCCAGAACGAGUGGUGGGAGUUAUAGGUGCUUCAGGAAGUUCUGUAUCUAUAAUGGUGGCCAACAUACUACGUCUAUUUAAGAUUCCUCAGAUAAGCUAUGCAUCCACCGCCCCAGAGCUUAGUGACAACAGCAGGUACGACUUUUUCUCUCGUGUGGUUCCAUCCGACACCUUUCAGACACAGGCCAUGGUUGAUAUUGUCAAAGCAUUACGAUGGAAUUAUGUUUCUACCCUUGCCUCUGAGGGAAGCUAUGGAGAGAGUGGAGUGGAAGCCUUCAUACAGAAAUCUCGGGAAGACGGUGGAGUCUGUGUGGCCCAGUCACUGAAGAUUCCACGAGACCCAAAACGAGCAGAGUUUGACAAAAUUAUCAAGCGUCUUCUGGAAACUCCCAAUGCACGUGGAGUCAUUAUAUUUGCAAAUGAAGAUGACAUCAGGCGCGUGCUGGAGGCAACAAAAAGGGCCAAUCAGACCGGCCACUUCCUGUGGGUUGGAUCAGACAGCUGGGGUUCCAAAGUGACACCAGUACUGCAGCAAGAGGAGGUUGCAGCUGGAGCUGUCACUAUCCUUCCCAAGAGAGUUUCAGUCCAAGGUUUUGAUAGAUACUUCAUGAGCCGUACUCUGGAGAAUAAUAGAAGAAACAUCUGGUUUGCAGAGUUUUGGGAAGCAAAUUUCAACUGCAAGUUGAGUCGGCAUGGAUUUAAACGAGGGAGCCAUGUUAAAAAGUGUACAGGCUUGGAACGAAUUGGCCGGAAUAAUUCUUAUGAACAAGAAGGGAAAGUGCUUUUUGUUAUUGAUGCAGUUUAUGCCAUGGCACAUGCUUUGCACAACAUGCACAAAGACCUCUGCCGUGGAUAUGUUGGACUUUGUUCCAAAAUGGAUCCGAUAGAUGGCAAGAUCCUCCUUGAAUACAUCCGUAAAGUCAACUUCUCUGGAAGUGCAGGAAUCCCUGUGACCUUUAACGAAAAUGGAGAUGCUCCUGGACGUUACGAUAUUUAUCAGUACCAAAUCAAGGACAAUUUCACACGUACAUAUUCAGUCAUUGGACAGUGGGUGAAUAAACUUCAUUUAAAUAUUCGUACAAUGAAAUGGCCAUCAGGAUCCCGACAAAUCCCAGUGUCAAUUUGUAGCCUCCCAUGCAAACCAGGCGAGAGAAAAAAAAUUGUUAAAGGCAUUCCUUGUUGUUGGCACUGUGAACUCUGUGAUGGAUACCAAUACCAGGUGGAUAAGUACAAUUGCAAAGUCUGCCACUUUGACAUGCGACCCAAUGAGAACCACACAGGAUGUCGCCCAAUUCCCAUAGUUAAACUGGAAUGGUAUUCCCCUUGGGCAAUUGCGCCUGUAUUUUUUGCAAUUAUUGGUAUUAUUGCUACAUUGUUUGUUGUCAUUACCUUCAUACGCUAUAAUGACACACCAAUAGUGAAGGCAUCUGGACGAGAAUUAAGUUAUGUGCUUCUCACAGGAAUUUUCCUCUGUUAUGCUAUUACAUUCCUUAUGAUAGCAGAGCCCGAUGUAACCAUCUGUUCCAUGCGACGCAUCUUCCUUGGGUUGGGAAUGAGUAUUAGCUAUGCAGCUCUGCUCACCAAGACCAACAGGAUAUAUCGGAUAUUCGAGCAAGGCAAGAAAUCAGUCACUGCUCCCAGGUUUAUUAGUCCAGCUUCACAGCUUAUGAUAACUUUCAGUUUUAUCUCAGUGCAACUGUUGGGAGUCUGUAUCUGGUUUAUUGCUGACCCACCCCAUUCCUACAUCGACUAUGACGACCAAAAGACUGCCAAUCCUCAGUUUGCUCGUGGAAUUCUCAAAUGUGAUAUUUCUGAUCUGUCUCUCAUCUGUUUACUUGGAUAUAGCAUGCUCCUCAUGGUCACAUGCACCGUGUAUGCCAUCAAAACCAGAGGGGUUCCAGAGACCUUCAAUGAGGCCAAACCUAUUGGAUUUACCAUGUACACCACCUGCAUUGUCUGGUUAGCCUUCAUUCCAAUAUUUUUUGGCACUGCUCAGUCUGCAGAAAAAAUGUAUAUUCAAACCACCACUUUGACUAUUUCCAUAAAUCUGAGUGCUUCUGUGUCGCUUGGCAUGCUGUAUAUGCCCAAAGUAUAUGUAAUCCUAUUCCACCCAGAGCAGAAUGUGCAGAGGCGCAAGCGCAGUCUAAAAGCCGUAGUGACAGCGGCCACAAUGUCCAACAAGUUUACCCAGAAAGGAAGUCUCCGUCCUAAUGGAGAGGCCAAAACUGAACUAUGUGAAAGUCUGGAAACCCAAGCAUGGUUUCCUGGGGUACAGCAAUAGGGAUACAGAGGUGAGUUUUGACAGCAGCUCAGCAUUACCUACUAAGCAAACAUACGUCAGCUACAGUAAUCAUGCAAUCUGAAUAAACAUGACACUCCCUAAGGGUCUUUCGAGAUUUUGCAGUGAAGAAAGACAGAUGCAUCUUUGGUCUGGAUAUCCACUUACAGAUGCCAGCAAGGGCCAUUGCAGAGUUCCUAACAGACUGAUAGUAAAAGGAUUGUAUCCAAGCUUAACAUUCAUUGGGAGACCCAAAAUAUCAAGAUGACAAACUGCACGGAAGGAGGAUGACAAUUCCUGAAUCUUUUGAUUCCUUGAUGAUUUGUCAACAGAAUUAACUCCCUUUUAAAUCUUGUGAAGUUGUCCGUGAUUGUGUCAGAGUUGUUUUUAUUUCUAUUGAUUUUGAACUUAAUCUAUGUGUUGCAAAAUGAAAUAUGUCUAAGUGCUCACCAAAUAGAUGACAAGUUAAUGUAUGUGACAAACUGACUGAAAAAUGUCUGCUUUAUGUCCUGACCAAUCAAAAGUACAGUGCCUGGUUGUUUAUGAAUACGUAAUGGAAAGUGUAGAGCAUGUUCAUUUUUAUACAAAAGAGUUUCUAAUAAAAUAGUGUUUUGCAACUCUGUGGGGUUUCUUUACAGUGAAUAGAAUCUUUUGAGUGAAUUGUAUGACAGUGGAUGUAUUCUGCACAUUGAAAUGAGUUUUCCCCUUCUCUUUGUUCUAUUCCUGUAGGUGGAGUACUUGAAAUUGCAAUAACUAACCUCUUAAUGAGGUUGAUAGUUGGUAGGACAAAGCUAAAGAAUUAAUUCAAACUUAUCAGACAUAAGUUUAAGCCAUAUUUGUCUCAUGCAUACCACUCCCAACCAAUUAGUUCAUGUGUAUUUUCUGUCAAAAUUGGAUAAUGCUUCUACUUUAUUUAAGUAUAAUCAGGAUUUUGUUUUGCUUUAACAUAAAUAUCAGUUUUGUCUUAUGCCUUUAUCUUAAAAUAUAAGAGGCAAUUAGUUUCAACAAUAUGGGCAUGUCAACCCCAGUAAACAAAUCAUUCUUCGAUUAAUCAGUUAAUAAUGGGCAGAAAACAUUUUCUUUUUAAUUAGUAGUUCUUAUGUUCUUCCUAUUUCUUUAAAAUGUCUUGAUCUUCUAUUUUUGCCAACAUGAUUGGAAAUGCUAAAGUAGCUGAACACUGAGCACAACGACAGCUUGCACGUUAGAAUUCCUUCUGAUAUCUUACAUUGUUACAAGAGACCGUGGUGGCUAUGGAGUUAUAGCAGACACCAAACUGAAGAUAACUGAUUAAUUUGAGGCAAAAAUCAAGGGGAAAGCAGGUGAAAUGUGAUCUGGUUAUGCCUAUUUUCCUGGUGGAAACUGGAUGCAAAAUGGUUUGGUCUGGAGGCCUAAACUUCCAUGUCUAAACAAACAUUGACAGCAUAUCAGUUCAAACAGUCUAGUAGCAUUCCCAGCAAGCAGUCAUGCAGCUGUAAAUAAGGAUUUAUCAAUUUACCUUGAGCAUAGCAGUGUUGAGUAGACCAUGUUUUGGAUUAGCCCAUUUCCAAGCCUUUAAAUAAUAAUUUCAACAUGGAAGACACAGUUGACUGCCAUUUGCACACCUACUCGAUUGACUCCCACUUAUCAUCUGUCUGAGAUCUCAGUAUCCUGAUUCUGUUUCUCUCUUUCUCUCUCUCACUAGAAUUUACGGCUGCCUUAGGGGUAUAUAUCUGUUGCACAUAAGUUAUUGUUGCAAUGCUAAUGAGGCUGGUGGAGUAAUAUAUAACUGGUCUCAUUAGGCCGAAUUUCAGUGUAAUCACUGGGCCAUAGUUUCUCGACCACAAUGAGAUAUUUAGCAACACACUGUGAAUAUAGGAAAGAAUUUCAAAGGACCAGAUGUUAAUAGAAAUAAAUAAAAUGAUUUUUUUUGUUGCACAUUUGGUGUUCUCAAAUCAUUCAGAAAGGUUUUUGAGUGGUAGUUAUUCAGUUGCAAAACUUGGCAGUUAACUUUUGGACUAAGAUCUCACAAAGAGUAGUAAGAUAUG